AUGUUAAUUCCAGUUCGAUGCUUUACAUGCAAUAAAGAAAUUUCUAGUAAAUGGGAACCAUACAAGUAUCUUAUAAAUACAGAUAAAUCUCCUGCGGAUGCGUUGAAUGAAUUGGAUAUUAAGAGAAUUUGCUGUAGGAGAAUGUUUUUAGGACAUGUAGAAAUUAUUGAUAAAUUAAUAAAAUAUGAUGUAGCAAAAGAUAUUCAUUUUAGAAAUGAUUUUUAA